AAACCGCGAUCACGUGACUCGUUUCGGCUAAUCGCGUUCUCUGCUUUGGAGCGUCUGGUCUCUGGGAGAGAGGUGCAGGCCAGUGAGUCCGCUAAGCCGAGCAGAAAAAUACACACACACACCCUGGUGUACCGACAAGAGCAACAUUUCCAUCUGCCUGGACUGAGAUUAACACUGCCAUUUUAAAUAUGCCUCCUCCUAUCCGUCUUCGCUCCAUGCGUGUCUUUAUGAACGAUGACCGCCAUGUAAUGGCCAAGCACUCCGCUAUCUACCCCACUCAAGAGGAGCUGGAGGCUGUGCAGAAUAUGGUCUCUCACACAGAGCGUGCCCUUAAGGCUGUCUCUGAUUGGCUGGACGAGCAGGAAAGGGGAUGUGUGAAAUCAAAUCCCACAGAGUCUGAAAAAGAUGAAGAUAAAGAAAGUGAGCCCAAAUCAUCAGAGCAGACCACGCGCUCCCUGCGUGGUGUGAUGAGGGUGGGUCUGGUGGCCAAAGGCCUGCUGCUUAAGGGUGAUCUGGAUCUGGAGCUUGUGCUGCUCUGUAAGGACAAACCUACAGCCACACUCCUGAAGAGAGUAGCUGACAAUCUUAGCGUGCAACUCAAGUUUAUAACAGAGGAUAAGUAUGAGGUGAUGCAGUUUAUCCGUGACGCCUGCAUCAUGAUCAAAAACACCAAGCAGCCCCCUCUUAAUCUUACCAUUCACCUGACGUCACCUGUUGUCAGAGAGGAGGCUGAGAAGCAGGCUGCCGGAGAAACGCUAUCAGUCAACGAUCCCCCGGAUGUACUGGACAGGCAGAAAUGCCUGGCUGCCUUGGCGUCUCUUCGCCACGCCAAGUGGUUUCAGGCCAGGGCCAAUGGGUUGCGCUCAUGUGUGAUUGUCAUCCGGAUCCUGAGGGAUCUCUGCACCCGUGUUCCCACUUGGGCCCCUCUUAAAGGAUGGCCCCUUGAACUUUUGUGCGAGAAAGCAAUUGGCACAGGGAAUCGGCCAAUGGGAGCAGGGGAAGCCCUACGAAGAGUUUUGGAGUGUUUGGCUUCUGGAAUCCUGAUGGCAGAUGGUUCUGGCAUCUCUGAUCCUUGUGAGAAAGAGCCGACUGACGCCAUUGGUCACAUGGACACCCAGCAACGGGAGGACAUCUCCCAGAGUGCUCAGCAUGCCCUGAGACUUUCUGCUUUUGGCCAACUUCACAAAGUACUUGGCAUGGACCCGCUUCCUUCUAAAAUGCCCAGAAAACCCAAGACUGAAACCCCCAUUGACUACACAGUCCAGAUACCUCCGAGCACAACCUAUGCUCCUCCUUUGAAACGGCCAAUUGAGGAAGAGGAGGGGGGUGAAGAUAAGAGUCCUAACAAGAAGAAAAAGAAACUUCAAAAGAAAUCUCCAGAUGAAAAGGCAGAGCCUCCUCAAGCCAUGAAUGCUUUGAUGCGGUUGAACCAGCUAAAGCCAGGGCUCCAGUAUAAGCUCAUUUCUCAGACUGGACCUGUUCAUGUGCCGGUUUUCACCAUGGCUGUGGAGGUUGAUGGCAAGACUUUUGAGGCUUCUGGUCCCUCUAAACGCACUGCUAAACUUCAUGUAGCAGUUAAGGUUUUGCAAGACAUGGGCCUUCCCACGGGGGUGGAGCAAAAAGUUGCUGAACCAGUAAAAGCAGAGGUGGUGACGCCUACUGUCGAGAUAGAAGUGAAGACAUCAGUCCCACCAGCUGAAACAGAGGCUUCACCUAACGUGCCCACAAACACAGAGGCUACUGAGAGCACUGAGAGUGCACGGCAUCAGGGGCCCAUUUUGACAAAACAUGGCAAGAACCCAGUGAUGGAGCUCAAUGAGAAACGUAGAGGCCUCAAAUAUGAGCUCAUUUCUGAGACAGGUGGCAGCCAUGAUAAACGUUUUAUCAUGGAGGUAGAGAUAGAUGGACAGAAAUUCCAGGGAACAGGCUCCAAUAAGAAGGUGGCAAAGGCAUAUGCAGCUCUGUAUGCUUUGGAAAAACUCUUCCCAGAUGGCUCCAAUGCUGAGGCAGCCAAGAAGAAGAAAUCACUGCACACUCCUGGGUUUGGAAUGAUGAGUGGACCCCCUGCUGACCCAACAGCCAAUCCCAGAGGCCGGGGACGAGGUCGUGGUAGAGGCCGGGGCAGGGGGUUUAAUAAUGGUGGAGGAUAUAAUCAAGGUGGCUAUGGAAGUUAUGGAUAUGGGAACAAUGCUAACUCUGGCUACAAUUACUACAAUAAUGGUGGCGCUAAUGGAGGAUCUACAGGAAUGGUCCCUGGAACAGGCCCAGCAGCCAGCACCUCAGCAGGAGGUCCUCCGGGAUCAGGAGGCUUUACUUCAUAUUACCAGAAUGAUGGCGGUUACUCCACCCCAGGUGCAGCGGGCAAGACUCCUGGAAAGAAGACACCAAUGCACCAGGGAACUAAACCUCCUGGUACAGGAGGAGCUCCUGGAACCUAUCAGAAUCCCACAGGCCCGGGACAAAGUUCUUAUGGCCAGUAUGGACAAGGCUAUGGCCAGGGCAAGAAGAACUUUGGCCAAACUCAAGGUGGAGCCACAGGUGGAGGUUACGGCAACUACAGCACAGCUUACCCAUCCCAGGUCACGGGAGGUCCAGGAUCACAGGACUACGGCUAUGAAGGUUAUAGCAACUCAUCAAACUACAGUGCACAAGGACCCAAUCAGAGUUAUGGCGGGAACCCUGGACAAUACCAUAAUCCCGGAGCGGGCUAUGGCCGAGGCGAGGGCAACAUGAACUACCAGUACAGAUAGACUGAACCUGACACUCACCUGCACACUAACAUUGCAGUUUUUUUUUCUCGUACACCUUUUCUGAAGUAGCAGCAACAAAUUUAUAUUUGUUCAACUGUUCUUACUGACACCUUAAUAGAUCUUUAUGCUUAGGAAAAGAAGUACUUGUGUUGUCAAGUUUCGUUGUGAUAUGUUCUGUUUACGGUCUUUAAUUUUUUUUUGUCCCCCCCAUCCCCCUCCCCAAUUAAUUCUCAGAGUAUUUUCUGAGGUGAAAGAGCAACCACAAUCUCAUCCAUGAUUAAGAGGUGGUGUUUUGAAUUUUAUUCAGCAUUUGCAUUUUUCCAUUACAUUUCUUACCUGGUUGGUUGAGCAUUGAAAACUAGCACACAUCCUCAUUUUCUUAUUAUUAUUUUUCCCUCCUCAUGUUUUAAAAAAUAUUUAAAAGUUUUUACUUUUACAUCUACAGCUAAAAUGCCUUUCAGUAUACAUGUUUAUUUCCCUGUCAUUGUAGGCAUUUAUUAUAAUGUACUUUUAUUACAGUUGUGAAAAUGUGAAGUGUGAAUUCCGCUCGCAGAAGCUGUUUAUGUGCUGGGGAAAUUCUAUUUUUAGUAACAAUUUGUCAAUGUAUGUUGUAAGUACUCCUCGUUUUGGAAGGAAAGAACUUGUGAUGUCACUGGAUUGUCUGACUUUUGUGUCCUUAAUAUAAUCUUUAACUCUU